CCAGGUAGCCAUCAGAAUCAUGACAAACAUGCAGCAAAUCAUUGAGCUUUCGUCUGCCGUUUGGUUCAAAAUGCCUGUUUGGUUCAAGAUGUUCAAGGCGUCUUCUUAUUAUUAAGAUGCCUGUCUGUCUGAAUGGACUUGGAGAGAGAAGGAGGAGUAAAACUCUACUAGUACUGAAGGAACACCUUCUCACCGGUCUGUCCUGUGUUCCGCCAUGCAGCUCAACAAGAGGUUUAUUCUGAGUUUCCUGCACGCCCACGGAAAGCUCUUCACUAAAGUAGGCAUGGAGUCCUUCCCGUCGGUGGCGCUCCGGGUGCUGCAGGAGUUCGGGGCGCUCCUGCAGCACAGCCCCACGGCGCUGGGACGCACACGGCUGCUGCAGCUCAUCACCAUCAACAUGUUCACCGUCCACCACACCCACAGCAGAGUGGAGGGGGAGGUGCGCUCCGUGCUGCACCAGCAGUCCACCGGUCUGGGUCUGGCCAUGUUCGCACUGCUCCUCCAGCGCUGCACCCAGCUGCUGAGAGAGACCCCCGCAGAGCCAAUCCUGAUGGAGAACGGAGAGGGGGCGGGGCAAGGCGACGAGGCCGACGGCAUGGUGAGGGUCUCUGCCUUCCCAUUGGACCUCAGAGAGCUGCUGCCCAGCAUCAAGGUCUGGUCCGAUUGGAUGUUGGGACACCCGGACGAGUGGAACCCGCCUCCGUGCAACAUCAACGGCGGCCCUGACGUGUGGCGGUGCCUGGCCGACCUGUGUAACGCCCUGGCCCGCGUGGAGCACGAGGAGGCUCCGCUGUACACGGCCGACACGGAGGAGCCGGAGGGCGACGAGGAGCUGCGCCUGCUGCUGCUGGAGGAGGACAAGCUGCUGGCUGGCUUCAUCCCCCUGCUGGCAGCCCCCCUGGAGCCCUGCUACACAGACCCCCACACCGACACGGGCAUCGCGGCGGACUGCAAGAGGGUGACGGUGCUUAAGUACUUCCUGGAGGCGCUAUGCGGACAGGAGGAGCCUCUGCUGGCCUUCAAGGGCGGGAAAUACGUCUCCAUGGCGACCGGCCCGUCCCUCAACCCCUGGACGGAGCGCGGGAAGAAGAAGGAGUCCCCGGAGAAGGGGGACGACGUCAUCGUGGAGGCGGAGUCGUCUCUGUCGACCUCGGAGGACGGAGAGGCGGAGGACGACAUCAGAGAGCUGCGGGCGCGGCGCAGCGUGCUGACCAAUAAACUGGCCGAGCAGCAGAAGAGGCGGGACAAGAUACAGGCCGUGCUGCAGACGGGCGGGCAGCUGCAGCUGGAGGUGCGGCCGUACUACCUGGUCCCGGACACCAACGGCUUCAUCGACCACCUGGACGGGCUGCGCACGCUGCUGCGCUCGGCCGCCUACGUCCUGGUGGUGCCACUGAUAGUGAUCACGGAGUUGGACGGCCUCGCCAAGGGCCAGGACGGCUUCGGCGGCGGCGGUAACUACGGCAACGGCGCCCACGUGCGGGCGGUGCAGGAGAAGGCGCGGCAAGCCGUGGCCUUCCUGGAGCGCGGGUUUGAGGCCCGGGAGCCCGGGCUGCGGGCACUGACCAGCCGGGGGAACCAGCUGGAGUCCAUCGCCUUCCGCAGCGAGGACACCUCAGGACAGCAGGGCAACAACGACGACGUCAUCCUGUCCUGCUGCCUCUACUGCUGCAAAGACACCGAGGACGUCCUGCCUGAGACCCCAGGUCCGGUGCGGCUGCACCGGGAGGUGGUCCUGCUGACUGACGACCGUAACCUGCGGGUCAAAGCGCUGACCCGCAACGUCCCGGUCCGCGACAUCGCCGCCUUCCUCAGCUGGGCCAAGGUGGGCUGAGGGGCCCGCCUGGGCCCCCGAGGGCCGCCGCCGUACACCGCCCACCGCUGGGACAGCGGGGGAGCAGAGGAGACGCUGGGAGGAGAGGGGAGGAGGAGGAGCCACCUCUUGUGAAGCCCAGGAAAUCCCUGUCCUGAAACCCAGGAAGUGUUGGAACUGAUCCCGAGGGUUCAGCCAGCGCUUAGUUUAUCCAGCUGCCCUCUCUUGAUGAGCGUCUGUGUGUGUGUGUGUGUGUGUGUGUGUGUGUGUGUGUGUGUGUGUGUGUGUGUGUGUGUGUGUGUGUGUGUGUGUGUGUGUGUGUGUGUGUGUGUGUGUGUGUGUGUGUGUGUGUGUGUUUAUGGAUCUGCUGGCUCCUCCGUGCCUGACCCCACCUCCUCGGUGCGAUCGGGAGAAGAAAAAGGGGUGUGGUUUGGUUGGAGGGGGUGUGGUUUGGUUGGAGGGGGUGUGGUUUGGUUGGAGGGGGUGUGGUUUGGUUGGAGGGGGUGUGGCCUGGUCCAUAUACAGCUAGACUUUGAUUCAGAUCACUAGAAGGAGUCGAUUCAGGCUCCGGUAGAACGAGAGCACAGCAGCAAUCAGAGAGAGAGAGCAGCACUCAGAGAGAGAGAG